UGCUGCAAGGACUAUCGUGUCACAACUAUACCAGCCAUGGGCAAGAGGUCACCGACCAAGAAACCAGCACGGGGCCGCGGCCGUGGUCGCAAGACACCCACACUGUCACCUUCACCUCUAGUCUCGGACGUCUUGGGUGAUAGAGAUGGGCGUGACUCAUCUUCGCCACCGCGAAGAGAUGCCUCCCCUGCAGGCUCCACCGCAUCCUCUGCUGCAUCGACCUCUACUCUACAACCACAUGAUAUGAAAAAGAGAGCCAAGAAGACUCAGUUUUGUUUGGAUCCUGAAGAAGAACAGAUAAUGUGUGACUUUGUGAAUACAACGCGUGAGGAACGAUCAGAGAACGAAUGAUAACGAUCGCCUAACGUGCCUUUAACUUAUCCCCAGCGUAUGCAUAACGUACUGGCCACACGCUGGCAUACGUCGAGAAUUUUGUGCAUGC